CCAUCCAGACGGCCAUCCGGCUGCAGGCCGAGGGCAAGAAGUCCCUGCACAAAGACCUGAAGCAGAAGCGCCGGGAGCAGCGGGAGCAGCGGGAGCAGCGCAAGGCGGCCAAGGAGGAGGAGACGCAGCGGCUCAAGCAGCUCCAGGAGGAGAAGGAGAGGAAGCUGCAGGAGCUGGAACUGCUCAAGGAGGCCCAGAGGCAGGCAGAGAUACUCCUGCAGGAGGAGGCGCAGCGGCGGAGGCAGGAGCACCCGGAGCUUCUCUCCCUGCCCCAGGCUCGUGCCUCCAUGCAGGCAGAGAUGGUCCUGAAGGAAGCAGAGGCCGAGCGGCAGCGCAAGCGCAUCCUGGAGCUGGAGGAGAUGCAGGAGCGUCUCCAGGAGGCCCUGCAGCAGGAGGUGAAGGCACGGCAGGACGAGGAGUCCGUCAGAUACGCACAGGCCAGGCUACUGGCUGAGGAAGAGGAGAAGCUGAAGCAGCUGAUGAAGCUGAAAGAGGAGCAAGAGGAAUAUAUCAUCAAAACUCAGCUGGAGAAGCAGGUCCUCAAGCAGGAGAUGGAGAACAAGAACAAGUGUCUGGAAGAGGCACAGAAGCAGCUGGAAGAAGUGAGAGUGAACAGGCAGCGGGUGGACCAAGACGUCAUGGCGGCCCAGCGGAAGCUGCGACAGGCCAGCACCAACGUCAAGCACUGGAACGUGCAGAUGAACCGGCUGAUGCACCCCAUCAGGCCUGGAGACAAGCGUACGAACGUGAGUGGAGGCGGCUUUGCUGGCUACCAACCCCUCCUCUCCCGGAGAGACUCCUCCCUCAAACUCAAGCAGAAAGUGGAGGAUAAAGGCAGCGACCCCCCGAGGGCCAACAGCGAGGAAAACGUCAGCAACGGUGGGAACAGCAGCCUGCCACCAACUCCAGAUGUGGACACCAUGGCCACAGAGCCCACCAACUAGCCCAGCAGGAUGGCAGAGCCCAGCAGGGAACUGCAGGGCCCAGCACAUCCCUCAGAACAGACACAGUCCAUGUGGUCAUCUCUGGAUGGAGACGUGUGGGGACCAGCACAGAGCCUAUAGGUGACCACAUCUAGUGCAGAGAUGCUCCCAU